AUGAGUCGACUUGAUACCACAAGUUUAAUGGUUGUUGUCGAGUACUUGAACGACAUAGCCUUAUUCCACAAUUUUGAAGAAAUUAACAAACGUUGCCAAGACGUGCUGAAGUGUUUUAAAGUGAACCCAGAAGUUAACCAACACAUCAGCCUCGAGCUUUUAAAGUUGUUUCCCAACAUCCAAACUCUUUCCUGUUCUGUCGAAGAUUACAUAAAAGAGGGUGUCACUCAGCCUUUUGAGUUGUAUAAAUUGAGAGUCGAGGCUGUUGCGAUAGAAAUCCUCGAUCAAUUCCAUGACCAAAUUUCCUCUUUGAAAAUUGGUGUGUACAAUGGUACGUCCCCUUCACUCCCAGAACAUUUUGAUCUCUCUUCUUAUCACUUUUUAAAGCAGUUGGAGAUCAACGCAAACACCACGGUGAUAUCCAUCAACAGCCCCAAAUGCCUCCAACGCCUCAAAAUUGCCGAGUGCCGCAAUCUAACGACACUUCACAACUGCAGUGCGCUAAAGUUGUUAAGACUGUAUGAUUGUAAACAGUUCUCCGACGUCGCUUUUAUAACAAAUUGUGAUGAAAUGACACGCCUCGAGAUUAUGAAAUGCGGAACGAUCAACAUGUUGGAUCUCAAAAAUUGUCAUUCACUCAAGCACGUAAUCACAGCGAACUGUGAGAACCUUGUUGACCUGAAAGUGCCUGACUGUGUGACAUGUCUUGAGGUUGACGGUUGCCGCAAUUUACAAAAUCUUGAGCUCGGUAAUGGAAUCACAGAACUCAAAAUGUACUGUUGCCCUGUUUUAAAAUCAUUUUCACUUCCACAAAAAGUCAAAAACCUCUCACUUUCCGGGUUUGAUAAGCUUGAAGAGAUUGUCGGGGCGGAACAAAGCAAACAGUUAAGGCGAAUAAAAGUGGUCCAUUGCAAUGAAUUGAAAUGUGAAAAAUUCAAAUUGCCUGUUGGUAUUCAGGAACUUGACAUUGACACAAGUUCUUGUCUUCAAGGGGACAUCGACUGGAAGAAGUACUUGGAGUUGGAAAAGGUGAACAUCGAGAAUUGCUCGGGAAUGGAAAGCAUUGAAUUACCAGCACACGUUCAAGUGUUUACAAUUGAUAACUGCGUAAGACUACAAAUGGUUUCACUGCCGAUAUCAUUAAAGAAAGUUGCGCUAACGAAAUGCGACCUAGUGGACGAAAUUAGAACUGACGCAAAGUGUGAAAUUUUGGCGCAGAAGUGUAUGUCGCUGAUGAGUAUAAAGGGGACGAACAUCAAAAAGUGUUUAGUGUAUGACUGCCCACUCUUAAAUACAGAGAACUUGAAUGAGCGAAACGUACCCACAAUCAACUUGCAAAGUUUGCAGUUGUGA